CUGGCGCUCAGGGUGCGCAUCGACGCCCAGGUGCUGUGUGGCUGAAACGCGAAGUAUGGUCGCAGGAUCUUGUUUAUAAAUAUUUUUUUGAAGACGUGGUAAACAGCGCGAAACUGGGCAAAUGAGUUACAAAAUAUUGACUUGGUGUAGUUUAAAGUUGAAAUAUUAAUUUAGCAGCGAACUUCAGACUUUCUUUCAUUGUACCAUACGUCGAAGCUAUUUUCUCAUUUCAUUGCAAGCAGUAAAAAAACUUAUUUUACAAUGUCAGAAAAGUGGUUAUUUUACAUUCUUGUUAUAAUAACGAGUUCUGCAACUGAGAACAUAACUAAAGUAAGUCCAAAGAGAAGUCUAGUAUGGGGUCCUGGUCUGGAUGCAAACAAAGUACUUCCAGCUCGCUAUUUCUUUAUUCAGGCUGUUGCAGAAGACCAUGUCAACUUUACUACUUCACCAGGUGAAGACACAUUUACAGUGAGCUUUAAUUCCCCGGGUGAGGAAUUCACUCGCAUUUGGGUGCAAGUGUUGGAUCGGAAGGAUGGAUCUUUCCUUGUCAGAUACAGAAUGUAUUCAAGUUACAGGGAUCUGGUAAUUGAGAUUAAGUUCCAAGAUGCUCAUGUUGCUCAGUCACCAUAUUUUUUAAAAGGCUAUGUGUACCAUGAAUCCUGUAACUGUGCACAAGAAGAUGGAAACAAAUGGUACAGGGAUAUGCAGUGUCCUCUGUCUUUUCCACAGAUUCAACGAGAUCUGGCUCAUUUUCCUUUUGUCGAUCCAGAUCGCAAUGCUAUAGAAAUUGCAAAAAGAUUUGGCCAAAGACAAAGUCUGUGCCAUUACACAAUAAAAGAUAAUAAGGUUUAUGUGAAGACAUUUGGAGAACAUGUUGGCUUUCGGAUUUUCAUGGAUUCCAUCUUGUUGUCUCUGACUCGGAAGGUAAAGUUACAAGAUGUAGAGUUCUUUGUAAAUCUUGGAGAUUGGCCUUUAGAAAAGGGAAAAAUUACAGAGAAACUUCACCCUAUUUUCUCAUGGUGUGGGUCAGAAAAUACAAGAGAUAUUGUGAUGCCAACAUAUGAUAUUACUGAUUCAGUUCUAGAAACUAUGGGACGAGUAAGUCUGGAUAUGAUGUCUGUACAAGCCAAUACUGGUCCUUCCUGGGAAAACAAAAAUCAUACUGCAUUUUGGAGAGGACGAGACAGCCGACGAGAGCGCUUAGAACUUGUAAAACUUGGGAUCAAGCACCCUGACUUAAUUGAUGCUGCAUUCACAAAUUUUUUCUUUUUUCCCCAUAAUGAGAGCCUUUAUGGUCCAAUUGUAAAGCAUGUGUCAUUUUUUGACUUCUUCCAGUAUAAGUAUCAAAUAAACAUUGAUGGCACCGUUGCUGCAUACAGAAUGCCUUAUUUGCUGGCAGGAGAUAGUGUCAUUCUAAAGCAAGAUUCCACCUACUACGAGCAUUUCUACAAUGACCUGAGACCAUGGGAACAUUACAUUCCAUUUAAGAGUGAUUUGAGUGAUCUUCUGGAUAAAAUUCAGUGGGCAAAAUCUCAUGAUAAAGAGGCCAAAAUGAUUGCAAAAGCUGGACAAGACUACGCUAGGAACAAUCUUAUGGCAGAUCACAUCUUUUGUUAUUAUUUUAAACUUUUCCAAGAAUAUGCUGAUCUUCAAAUAAAUGAGCCUAAGAUUAGGGAUGGCAUGGAACUAGUGGACCAUCCAAAAGAUGACCUUUUCCCUUGUGUGUGUCAUAGAACAAAGUCUAGAGAUGAACUUUGACCUGAAAAGUCCCAAAGACGACAAUAGAGCAAUUAGCUUCUACAACCUAUUGGAUUCUUGUGUAGCUGCAUCAAUAUUCAUAUAAUAAUAUGCAAUUGGGAACACCCAGAAGAUCCUCUACAGGCUGCUGCUAUAAGUGCCUCUACAAUAGGAUUUGACCCUAUUGUAAAAAUAUACCUCGUAUUUGCCACAAAACUGUUAUUCCGCUGCAUAAAAUAUUUGUUUAUUAAUCUGUAGCCACUAAAAUAGUUUAGUUUACCGAAACUUAAGCAGUUUACAUGUAUCUUAAAAAUAUUGUUAUGCAGUAAAUAAAAGGGUAUGCCAGAAGUAGUUCAUGGAUUGGAAAAUAAAACUUUUUAAGGGCAAUGUGAUCUAUUUUGUAGCUAAUGGAUUUUGAUAUAUGUAUUGGUUUGAUUGAAUCAACUUCAAAUCAUAUGAAGAUGAAAGUUAUAUGCAUUUGUGCACAUACUCAGUUUUUCUUGUGAUGUGUUUCAAAGAUAUUCAGGUGUAUUCAUUGGAAGCACAAUUGACCAAGAAAUAUAACUAUUGAUGAUUUUGUAAUAUUGUCUCAAUAUUUGAUGUUAUGAAGUGGUUAGCUGACUAUUAAUCUUUUUUUAA